AUCUUCUGAGUGAGGGGAUAGGUGGGAUAUGGUGAGAUGGAUAAAUAUAGAUAUUUUAAAAACUUUUUCUUUUAAGAAAUGCCCAAAUCAGAAGUGUGCAGCUUAAUGAAAUUUUAUAAAAGGAAGACUACCUAUGUAACCAGAACUCAAAUCAUGACAAAGACUAUUACCAGGAUCCCAAAAGGCCGAUGUGGAAAUGUAAACUUUGCUAGAAGAACCAGCUGUAAUAGAUGUGGUCGGGAGAAAACAACUGAGGCUAAGAUGAUGAAAGCUGGGGGUACUGAAAUAGGAAAGACACUUGCAGAAAAGAGCCGAGGCCUUUUUAGUGCUAAUGACUGGCAGUGCAAAACGUGCAGUAACGUGAAUUGGGCCAGAAGAUCAGAGUGUAACAUGUGUAAUACUCCAAAGUAUGCUAAGUUAGAAGAAAGAACAGGUUAUGGUGGUGGUUUUAAUGAAAGAGAAAAUGUUGAGUAUAUAGAAAGAGAAGAAUCUGAUGGUGAAUAUGAUGAGUUUGGACGUAAAAAGAAAAAAUACAGGGGGAAGGCAGUUGGUCCUGCAUCAAUUUUAAAGGAAGUUGAAGAUAAAGAAUCUGAGGGAGAAGAAGAGGAUGAGGAUGAAGAUCUUUCUAAAUAUAAAUUAGAUGAGGAUGAGGAUGAAGAUGAUGCUGAUCUCUCAAAAUAUAAUCUUGAUGCCAGCGAAGAAGAAGAUAGUAAUAAAAAGAAAUCUAACAGACGAAGUCGCUCAAAGUCUCGAUCUUCACAUUCACGAUCUUCAUCACGCUCAUCCUCCCCCUCAAGUUCAAGGUCUAGGUCCAGGUCCCGUUCAAGAAGUUCUUCCAGUUCGCAGUCAAGAUCUCGUUCCAGUUCCAGAGAACGUUCGAGAUCUCGUGGGUCGAAAUCAAGAUCCAGCUCCAGGUCCCACAGGGGCUCUUCUUCCCCACGAAAAAGAUCUUAUUCAAGUUCAUCAUCUUCUCCUGAGAGGAACAGAAAGAGAAGUCGUUCUAGAUCUUCUUCAUCUGGUGAUCGCAAAAAAAGACGAACAAGAUCACGGUCACCCGAAAGCCAGGUGAUUGGUGAAAACACUAAACAACCCUGAGCCCAGGGCCAACCCCUCGGAACACCACUACUUUACCCAGGCACCACAGGUCAUCUUCUGGAUCAUCCCAUUCUGGUUCCCGUUCAAGUUCAAAAAAGAAAUAAUGUAUUAAAAUUUACAUCUUUAAAAAAAAAAACAGUACAGUGCAUGAAGCAUAUUUUUUAAGGAGUUGGUGUCUUACUUGGUCAGAAGUGCUAAAACUGCUAGUAGAGGUGCAUGCCUUUCAUUGCUUUUCACAACAAUACGGCUGUGUUUAUUUGUGAAAUUAAAGGUAAACAGUAUUUUAAGCCAUAAUGUCCUAAACUAGAUAAUCUAUUUAUCAUUCAUUAUUUACAUCUAUUUACUUCAAUUAAAACUAUUUCAGCUGUGACAAAGUAUUUUGUUUCCUAAUUUGAACUCUUGUUUUUUCAUUUACAAAUAUGAGCUGUCUAUUGAUUGAAGACAGGAUAACCUAAGCUUGCCUGAACUUUGGAGGCAAGACUGGUAAAGUAAUUGGAAACAAUCUGUUUAUGUUAAUUGGAAAAAAGAGUCAACCUAUUCAUGUUAAUCUAUGUCAAAAGGAUUCCUAUCACAAAAAGUAAAACUAGUUGAAAACAGCCAAAUGGAACUUUUUCAUUUUGAAAUUCCCUGUACUGAGGGUGCCUUAGAAUUUUUGUCUCUCUUUUAUCCAGUUUUACUUUGUACCACCACAUUUAAUGAAGAAAAAAUCUUGUGAAUUGCAGAAGGAAAAGGGUGUUACUCAUUUCUCCUUUCCUGACAAUAAUUUUGAGCAAAAAUGUCAGACAAGUUCCUCUUCUUAUUGAUAUUACUGGUGAAAAAAACAUGUUUCAAGAUGUUAUUAAUGUUUUAAGAAACUUCAUGUGAUUUCUUUUAAAAACCCAGUUAUUACAUAUGGUAGUACAGACAAAGUUAAGUUGUGGUUAAUGAGGAACAAAUUGAAGUACAUUUCUCUGGGUGAAAGACCAGCAGAGAGAUUGUGAAUUGUGAAUUUACAUGAACAUUUAUUUACCUGGAGAUGUUCAAAUACUGCAUAAAAUUUUCUUCUGAGUAACAAACAAAUGCUUAUUUCUGUGUGAUUUGCAGAAACACUGUUCCUAUUCACUUGAAACCACUUAUGGCUUAAAAUACUUAUGGAGGUUUUUUUAUUUCUCAAAUUAAAAUCUGGUUACUUGAGCUCCAUCUUGUCCUUUGGUUUAAAAACAAAAAGGUUUCUCGACAGUAUCUUCAGUGACAAUGCAAGGUAAGUAUAUUAAGGGAAAUCAACAAUUGUGCUUGGGGACUUUUUGUCAUGGGGAUCAGUACCCACUCUUUGUUUUUUCCUUAAUUUUAAAUUAUUGUCUACUGCAAUUAAAGAUUUUAAAGUUUUAAGGUUAUCUAGUAGACAGACCAAACAAAAUUGUUUUUUUUUUACUUUAAAAUGAGUGAUUUUUCUCUUCAGCUGAUUUAAAGAUGAAAACAAAAUA